GCUCACACAAUCAGCAAAUAAUAUGGAGGGCCCUUUCCCACACAUCCUGCAGAAGGUUGUCAACAGAUCUGGUAUUGAAUUCAUGACCGAGGACCCUUUGGUUUAAAGGAAACAAUGGAAGUUGUUGCGACAGAAGAAAAAAAGAAAAUCUUUCGUGCCCGGAAAACCAUGAAGAUUAGUGAUCGUCUACAACUGGAAAGCCUUCACAGCACUUUACUGAACUCUUCUGCGGGCCUGUCCAACCCGUCCCCACCACCGCUCGUGAAUGGCACACACAAGGAAGAUGGGCAAAAGUUGGGUGACAAGGAGCAAAACAGCUGCUCCGACCCAAACUCUCCCCAGGCGGCUUCCCCUGCCACUCCCGGCUCUCUAAGCUCUCCGGCACCAUUCCUGUCCCUAAAUCUGUCACCCUCCCCGGGCUCCUCCCAAAGUCCCAACCCACAGGAAGAAGCUACGUCUAAAUUGUCGCCACCCCCCUCAGAAUCCCACGAUUCCAAGAAGACACAGGAUGAUGAGAAGAAGGGUUCUUCACCAUCCCCACAAAUUGAGGCCAUUGCACCAGUGUCAGCAGAAUGCAAGGAGCUGCAGAAGGAAGUCGCUGACGUGAUCCCAGUGGAUGAAAUGGAGGAAAAAAAAGCUGCUCCUGAAGAGCCAGUUGUGGACUUGGAGAAGGAUUCUGAUAAACGGUCUCCUGAGCCAUCUGCACUGUCUGAAUGUAUAGAACCAAUGGAUGUUGACAACGACUCGACACAUACCAUUGACUCUGAGGAUUCCACGUCCUCACCAAAAUAUGAAAAGCCUCCUUCCCCCAGUGUUGUGCCCUCCAGUUCUUCAGCAUCUCCCCGAGAGUCUGGUGAGGGUAAACGGCCAACAGCUGAAACCAAAGAGGAAGACGUUAAAGGGGAAGAUGAUGAGAAAGCCUCUGUUAAGACAGGAUCAAACCGGGAAGAAAAGCUGAAGGUGGACACAAUAAAAUUGCAGCUCAUAAAGGCGGAACGUGAUGCCGGACAAACUAAAGGACCAAGUCGACCAUCAUCCACCCCACCUUGUAACACAGAACAAGGGAAGGGGAGCUCCAUGCCGGGGCUAAAACGCACUUUAUCAGAGGGACAUGAAAACGACGCAUUUACUGUGAAGCAAGAGGGGAAGAGGGCCAAGGUGGAGCAUGAGGAGCUGGAGGCCCAACUGGAGCUCAAAAUCACAGCAAAAGCUGGCAGCCAUCAAAAACUGGAAAAGAUCGUCCAACAGCUCGUGAAUGAGCGUCUGAAGAUUCUGGAGCUGACAAUCUUUGAAAAACAUUUCCAAGAUUUAAAGGACAGAGUAGACAAAAUCGACUGUGCCACUAAACACCAAACUGCCAUUAACUCACUCCAAAGCAAGAUCGCUCGACUGGCCAAGAAGUUUGGAGAGGCGAAUCAGAUGUCGGAAAACAAAAGAAAACAGGAGGCGCUCGCUGCUGCUGCUGCUGCUACUGCUGCCGCUAAUGCCGCUACUGCUGCCAAGCCUGCAACUGUUACAAACAACUCCCAAGCCCCACGGCCAGUCCGGACCUCUGUUGAAGUAAAGCAGACUCCAGCAACUGUUUCUUCACCCAGCACAGCGGUAGUUCCAGUUGCUGCUCCUCUGUCAGUCUCUACUGCGUCCCCAGCCUCUGCCGCCGUCCCAGCUUCCACCUCCACCACCACCACCACCAUAGUCCCACAGGGCUCCAUACUGCAGCUGAUCACCUCCAGCUCCAAUGUUGCCUCCACUCUGGCCACCGGCAUCACCACUCAGAGCCAACCGGGCACGCUGGUGCUGAAAACAACCCCCGGAAGCGGCAUGAUGACUGCAGGCCAACCGCUCGUCAUCCAGCUGCCUCUGUCGGUGAACGGCCAAACGGGAACUCUCGUCAACUUCCCCGUCUCAUCUUUGGCCGCGGCCACUUCGCUGAACAAGGCCAAAACCACCCCAACCACCACCACCUUCAUUCUCAAGCCUUCCCCCGCUGCCAAUGCGCCGGCAGCCCCCACCUCGACCGCUUCCACCCUUCCCACUCUGCAGGCCUCCACCAGCCAGGGGGCCACCACGCAGAUCUCCCUGGCCCGAGCUGUCUAUCAAGGCGGGGCGGGAAGAAUAACCACACCCAAUGCUGGGGUGUCUGUGACCACAGUCAGAGCCCCGGCUCAGUCUGUCUCUGUGGCUGGUGCCGUCUCCUCAGCCUCUUCACCUGCAACCUCAGGGCCAGCAGCGACAGGCUCCACUGCACCAGGAACGCCACAAGGGACAUCUCUCACGUCCAAGACUGACAACCAAACUCCUGCAGCCACUCCAUCUAAAGCCGCUGCACCUCCACCUCCAGCACGACCCAAAGGCUCCGUCAUUGAUCUCACCGAGGACGACGACGAUGUACAAGUGACAGGGGUGAAGAACGCCCAGGGUGCAACCGCCUCACCCGCGCCCCGAUCCAACCCAAUCAUCAGCAUUCCCAACACUGCAGGAACAAGAUCAUCCCCAAAAGCCAAUCAGACCUCCACAGGCAAUCCCCAGAUUACGGUGCAUCACCGCCCCCUGCAGGAGUCCUCACUGAAGCCCCGCACUGUAACCACUACAACUCCGUCCCGCGGCGCCGGCGCGGUGCUGCCCCCUCUUCCUGUCGCUCCUGCGCCGCAGCGUUUGCCCCCAGAGGCGGAGCAGACCUCGCCCCCCCAGCAACUGCAACUGAAGCUGGUGCCGGGUCAGACCGGCAUCGUGCUGUCCUGGAGCGUCACGGAAACCGAUCGAAGCUGCGCGACUGUGGAAAGCUAUCACCUCUAUGCCUUCCAUCAAGACAACUCCAGCAGUGGUACGGCUCAGCAGCACUGGAAGAAGAUAGGCGAGGUGAACGCCCUGCCUCUGCCCAUGGCCUGCACGCUGACCCAGUUCCAGUCCGGCUCCACGUACCAUUUUGCUGUCCGAGCCAAAGACAUUUACGGCCGCUUUGGUUCUUUCUGCGAACCUCAAUGCACAAAUGUCAUCAGUUCCAGCUCAAGCUAAACCGUUACAAUAUAAAGACUUUUUUUCAUUUCUACAUAUGUAUUUUACUUCUGACUUAUUUUUUAUUAUUUUUUUGCUUUGUUUUAAAAUCUAAAAUAUUGUAUGCUGAACAGAUGCAGUAUCUGUAAAUAAGUCUACACAUAAAACCUGGACUUGGAUAAAUAAACCAGCGAACAGCUGGCUUUGGUUCCCUGUAUGUGAUGUGUUCUUUUGUGAUCUAAGCUGUUGUGUAAAUGACGUAUUAUUUUCGCCUCUCUACCAGUUCAGAUAUUUAUGUUGUUCACUCCAGCAAGUCAGACCAAGACUGUUUUGUUUAGGAUCUUUUUUCUUUACUUAUUAGGUUACAGGAAUAUUGAUGUAAACUCAAUUGCACAAAUAUGUAUACUUGUGUGGUAGAAACAGCAUUACUUUUUAAAGUUCCGUCUGGCAACCAGACUUUGAAAAACGUAAUAAAAAGUUUUAUUAAAGUGG